CGUAGAUAAUAUAUUAGGGCACCUGAACGUGUCGGUAUUGUGUAAACAAAAACAUUGACAAGUAGAUUAUGCAGAAUAUUCUUCCUUGCAAAACACCUGAGGAGUCUGUUGGUCUAACUUAAUAUUUAAAUCUAUGUCAAUAUGUCUUCUAAAAAAAUUUAGCUAACAAAUACAACAGCAAUAGAAAAAAGGCAAUGAAAAACAAAAACAAAUCUGCGUUCCAUGCAUUAUUUCAGUGCUGUCAGUAAACGUGAGUACAAUGACCGAAAGGAAAAGCACUGUUAUUCUAAUCAUUACGAAGCUGUUUCUGCUUUUCUAAAACGGUCAUCCUGCUACUUUGUUUACUUUCUUGGAGGCAAUGUUUGUUUACAUGCGUUCAUAAAUGCGAAAGAUCAGCAACGUUAUUUCUUCCAAGAGCAAAACACUAAGUAUUUCAGAAAAAUAUCCUCUUUUUGGGCUUUUAUUCAUUUCAGUGCCCUCUCGGGUCAGUAACAGCAUCCAAUUUUGGGCAAUGAGUUCCUCCAGUGCAGACAGUUAUGGUCAACACAUUCGAAACCGUUUCGAGUCCGAGCAGCCAAAUCCAAGUGUUGGCACAACCUUCGAAUACGGCUGGUACCUAAUUUCUAGACGGUGCGCUCAGGAUGUCGAAGAAGGCAUUACCAUGCUUCGACGUUGUAUGGAGUGUGAUCUUGCUCUGUAUCGAGAGUCAAUGUAUUCAAUAGCCCUAGGAUACAGCUUUCUAAAAAGAUACGACGAUGCUUGCUACUGCACGACGGCACUUUUACGUGAAUACCCGAAUGACUUGGAAGCAGUGAAACUUCACGCUGAGUUAAAGGAAAUGAGGGACAGAGAAAUGAUAGCUGCAAGCUCCUGUAUCGCUGUUUGUACAGCCACGACUUUUGGUCUCCUCUUGGCUUCUUGGAUCCAUGCUUUAGUUACGAAAGAUCGUUAACUACAGCAUAAAGUUAAAAGAAAAAUAUAAAAAGUACAAAAGCUCGCCCAAGAACUUUAGAUGUCAUAUCAGUUCUUGCUAGUUUGUCUGAAUGUCUCGGCUUUUGAGAAAUCGUAUAUUCAACUACCUCAUCCAAAACACUACCAUUCACAUCGUGCUCGGGUUUUAAUUGUCCUUCAUAGGCAGAGACAAUAUUCUCAUUCACCCACUAACUGUUGACGAGCGACGCACGAUGCGCUCGGAUACCAGGUUUAGUUUUAAUCUAUAAAACAGAUUCAGU